AUGCGAUUGCGUUCGCGUUCCUACGUAAAUCAUGUCUCUGAUGAUGUGCAUAAGACCAGAAAAUCGGCUCGUCAUUCCUUACGAGCAUUGAAAACUCCGAACAUUAGGAAUAGACUUCGAAACUUCAAUGGCGAUGGGAUUCCAAAUCGUUCUACUCCCACUAAAAAGAGUAUUGAGGUUGACGCUUGGAGCCUAUCAUCGAAUGGAACAUCUGAUCUAGAGAAUCGUGAAAACUUCAGUGGUCCCCUUUCUCCUUUACAUCACACUGAUUCUCUGCUCUCACCACUUUUCUCACCGCGUCGCUUUCGAUCUAUGAGCAAAGACCAAGCUGCGAAAAUGAAACGACUGAAUGCUAGGCGCAUUGAGUUUGAUGCUGAAGAGGCACCGGAGUUGUCAAAAAUAAGCUUCUCGGGGAGGGCUGAUGAGUCCAUUUUCAAUCAGUCGAUAGUUGGUGAUCCUCGGACAAAAUUGAUGGAACUCUGUGGUCAAACAGAAGUUCGGUCGUUUUCAUCCUUUUUCGACGCUGAAAGCUUAGAAAAUAUUUCUAAGAUCGGUGAGGGAGUCUACGCUGAAGUCUUUCAGGCCAACAAAACUUGUGUUAUAAAAGUGUUCCCCAUUGAUGGCAAUAUUCCUGUUAAUGGAGAAAAACAAAUGGAGUCACAUCGCGUCUAUCCGGAGGUUUUUAUUUCAAAACAGCUUACAGAACUUGGCUUCAAGUAUCGUCAGAAUAGAACUGUCAAUUUCAUUCAGCUGCGAAGAGCCGCCAUCGUUUGCGGCAAAUGGCCAGCAGAAUUGACUGCGGCUUGGAAAAAGUACGAAGCAGAGCAUGGCUCUGACAACGAAUGUCUCGAUUUCCUCCCUAGAUCUCAGGAGUGGAUGAUUCUUGAAUUUGACUAUGCUGGCAAGCCCCUGGGUACUAUUAAGUUUUCUUCGUACCGGGAGGCGCGUUCUGUGAUUGAACAGAUAGCUCUAUCCUUGGCGGCAGCAGAAUCUGCUCUGCAGUUUGAGCAUCGUGAUCUCCAUUGGCUCAAUGUCCUUGUGAAGCCCACGAAGCAGACAAAAUUGCGCUAUCGAGUCAACGGAGUUAGUUACUCCGUGCAGACAGAGGGUGUACGGGUCUGCAUAAUUGACUUCACGGUCUCCCGUCUUUGCCAUGAGGGCAACAUCGUGUAUGUGGACAUGUCCGAUUCUCCUGAAAUUUUCGAAUGUGAAGGUGACUAUCAGUUCGAAAUUUACCGAAUGAUGCGAGAUAUGAACGGAAAUAACUGGCGACCGUUUCGUCCCAUCACUAAUCUCUACUGGCUGCACUACUUGAUGGAGAAGUUACUGAAUGAGACAUCCUAUCCGAGGCGUGAUCCAGAUAGUCAGGCAGUCCAGUCGGAGCUAGCGGCACUGCAUGACAGCGUCCUCUCAGGUUCCUACGACUCUGCUAUGCGCCUUGUUCGUUCUUCCUUCUACUUCGACACGUGCCGAAUUGAAUAA